AUGUUGGCUAUCACUGUUGCAUCUUAUAUUCGACUAGAUAAAACUGAAUUCGUUGUAAGCUCAGACAACUUUAUUUUCUCCAAAAUACAACAAAAUGCAACUCAAAAUGGCUGCAAUUUGGCUUCUGGAAGAUGGAUAUACGACAACAUUUCAUACCCUCUUUAUAAAGAGAAAGAUUGUACUUUCAUUGGGAAUGACCUUACCUGUGAGAGAUAUGGAAGAGAGGAUUUGAAAUAUCAGAAUUGGAGAUGGCAACCUCAUCAUUGUGAUCUUCCUAGGUUUAAUGGAACUGCGUUGUUGGAGAUAUUAAGGAAUAAAAGGCUUAUAUUUGUAGGAGACUCCUUGAAUCAAAAUCAAUGGACAUCCUUAAUGUGUAUGAUUGAACCAGAUCUUCCACCAACCACAAAUAAAACUAUCGUGUUGGACGGAAACCUAUUAAAAUUGCAUGUCGAGGAUUACAACGCGACCAUUGGAUUUUAUUGGUCCCCGUAUCUUGUGGAGUCGGACGGUGACGAUGUGUACAGGCACAACCAAAAUCAACAUACAGUGCGGAUUAAGUCUAUAGAAAAGCAUGGGAUCAAUUGGAAUGAUGCAGAUAUACUAAUAUUUGACACAUUUGCGUGGUGGCUUCCGAAAAUGACAAUCCUGUGGGGUUCAUUUGAAGAUCCUAAUGCAGUUUACCAAAAAGUGAAGUCAUCGGGACGUCCAUAUGAAAUUGCUAUAGAUACUUGGGCAAACUGGUUGGAAUAUCAUAUCAAUCGAAAUAAAACCAGGAUAUUUUUUACUAGUGCAUCGCCUCAAUCAAUCGGAUUAACACCUUGGGGUAAUACUGUUGGAUGCAACAAUAAAACAGAGCCGACAUUUGAUGAUAUUUAUUGGCAAAGUCAUCCAAAACUUAUGAUGAAUGCAGUUGAAUCUACCAUAGAAAAGCUUAAAGAAAGAGGUGUAAAUGUUCAAUAUUUGAAUAUAACACAAUUAUCAAGUUAUAGGCAAGAUGCCUAUCAAUCAGUUUAUACAAGAGAUUGGAAAGAUGUACAUCUCAAAGAUAGAGAUCCCAACAGGUCAGAUUGUUGCCAUUGGUGUCUUCCUGGAGUUCCCGACGUUUGGAAUGAAAUUCUUUAUGCAUAUAUUAUUAAAUCAUAA